AUGAACGCUUUUAUAAUUUAUCGAAAUGAAUAUCAAUAUCUGCACCCAAAUAAUAACUCGUGUAAAGAUGCGUCAAAAUUAGCAGCCGAACGUUGGAGUAAGGAGCCGGAAGAUGUUAAAAGUUAUUACAAGGAAAUAGCUAAACAGCAUCUCGCUAGAAACCAGAGCCAAAAUCCUUUAGAAAUUGCUUACUCAAUUCAUCAGAAUGUGGCUCAAAACUCCUCAGUUACUACUUAG